AUGGCGAAUUCCCAGGACUUUCGUCGUCAACCCGUCCACCUCCUCCUCGUUCCGCUGCCGGCCCAGGGCCACCUCAUCCCCCUCCUCGACCUCGCCCACCACCUCUCCAACCGCUUCGCCGCCGUCGGCGCCGCCCUCUCCCUCACCGUUGUCGUCACCCUGGCCAACCUCCCCCUCCUUGACUCCUUCCUGUCCGCUGUCCCCUCCGCCAGGCCCCUCGCCCUUCCCCUCCCCGCCCACCCUUCCGUCCCCGCCGGCGUCGAGCACAUACGCGACCUCCCUCCCCAGGCCUCCACCGCCGCCGCCUUCGUCCGCGCCCUCUCCCUCCUCAUUCCCCGCCUUAUCUUCUACUCCUCCGGCGCCUUCGCCGUCUCCGUCAUCGACCACGUCUGGCUCCGCAUGCCCCGCCGCGAGGAUGGCGACGGCCCCAACGCCCUCACCGUCCUUUCUGACCUCCCCUCUUCUCCGGUCUUCCCCUUCGACCACCUUCCCAACCUCUGGCGCCAGUUCAGGGCCGGCGACCCGGACUGGGAGUUCGUGCGGGAGGGCUUCCUCGCCAACGCCACCAGCAGCUGGGGGGCGGCCAUCAACACCUUCGACGCCCUCGAGGGCCCCUUCCUUGCCCACCUAAAGCGGGCCUAUCACCGCGUCUGGGCGGUGGGGCCCAUCUCCCCGUCCGGUCCCGCGGCUGGGCGCGGUGGCCGGAGCUCCGUCCCGGCGGAGGAGGUGGUGGCUUGGCUUGACGCGUGCCCGCCGCGGUCGGUGGUGUACGUCUGCUUCGGGAGCCAGUACACGCCGACGGAGAAGCAGGGGCGGGCGCUGGCGGCGGCGCUGGAGCGCAGCGGGGUGCGUUUUGUGUGGGCCAUCGGCGGUGGCGGGGCUGUGGUGCCGGAGGGCUUCGAGGGGCGGGUGGUGGAGAUACUAAACCAUGUGGCCGUGGGGGCGUUCGUGACGCACUGCGGGUGGAACUCGGUUCUGGAGGCGGUGGCGGCGGGGGUGGUGCUUCUGGCAUGGCCGAUGCGGGCGGACCAGUUCGCGAACGCGAGGCUAGUGGUGGAGGAGUUGGGGGUGGCAGUGAGGGUCGGGGAGGGGGAGGAGGGGACGCCGGAGCCGGAGGAUCUGGCGAGGGUGAUGGCGGAGGCCGUGGCGGAGGUGGCGUGGCCGGAGAUGAGGGUCCGGGCGGCGGCGCUGGGGAGGAAGGCGGCGGAGGCUGUGGCAGAAGGGGGGAGCUCGUACCGGAAUCUGGAGCAAAUGGUCAGGGAGCUCUCCGAGCUGCGUACUUAGAAAUGAAGUGAUCUAUAAUAAAAUCAACUUAUAUUCGGAAUGCGUGGAUGUAACAUGAAGUGGGGAUUAUGAAUUUAUGACUGCUUUUGCUGGAAGCGAUAAUUAUUGCUGGAUGGAUGAUCUAUUUCAUGAGAUAUAUAUUUUUUUUUUCGAUGUUUGAUUGAAGAAAUAAACAAAUAAUUUUGCAUCC